UGACUCUUACACAUAAAGGAGGGGCCAUGUGAUCGAGAAAUGAGUAUGUACGUGAACUGUUAUUGAUCGUAUUCGCUUAGAGCAAUGGAAUUUAAAUGUGGUUUUGUUCUAUUUUUUGGACUAAUGCUAAUAUCAUUUGAAACAUCGACUAGUAGCGCCAAAUUACCAAGUUACUUUCGGAUAUGUAGGCAUGAUCCAAACAUCGCAGGAUGUAUCGAGAAUUUCCUAAUAACUUUAAAACCAAAGUUAAAAGAGGGAAUUCCGGAGUUACACGUCCCACCAAUGGAACCAUUGGAUUUAGGAGAAAUAAAUUUACAAACUACUGACAAUCAUGGAAUGUUAAAUUUUACGAAUCUGAAAGUUUGGGGAUGUAGCGACUACACCAUUAAAAAUGUGAUGGUUGACUUGAGCAGACAUAUAUUCAAGUAUAAUCUAAAACUUCCACGUUUAUAUUUCGAGGGAAAUUAUGAUAUGGAUAUGCGACUGCUUGCCUUUGAAUUGAAAGAUAGUGGUUUCAUGAAAGGCAAUUUAAGCAAUUACCGUGGAAAUUGUUUAUUGCAUGGUAAAAAGAUUAAUAGAAAUGGGAAUGAUUAUUUGACGUUCAAUAAAAUUCAAAUUUCUAUUGAGUUGGGAACUUCUGAAGUACAACUGGAUAGUAGUUUGAAACGCAACCUGUUGAUAAGUAAAGCGAUUGAUGAAUUAGUCGUAAAUAAUGUAGAUAAGGUGAUAGAAGACAUGAAACCAGCUAUAGAAAGGGCUUUAGCAGAGAAGUUUCUUAGGAUAGCAAAUGUCAUAUCUCGUAACUUACCCUAUAAUGAAUUAUUUCCAUCUUCGUAAGUUACUUAUUGUUUUAUAGUAAUAAAGGAAUAAAAAUAUGCUGCCA